GAGCUUUAGCUUCAGUUGCUUUAGUCCAAUAAUGGCUGAAGUAGCAGAUUACCAAACCAAGCCAAAUAAUAGUGCCACCCCCACCACCAACAACGUACGACUAAAGCUCUUUGGCUUCAAUGUAUCAGAAGAAGAUCAGGAGGUAGAUUCAAUCAAAACCAGAUCAGACUCACCGGAUUCCGGCGUUUUCCCUGCCAGCGAAGGUCGGAAAUACGAGUGCCAGUACUGCUGUCGCGAAUUUGCCAACUCCCAAGCAUUAGGUGGCCACCAAAACGCUCACAAGAAGGAGAGACAGCAACUCAAGCGCGCCCAAAUGCAAGCCAGUAGAAGCUCCGCCGCUUCUUACAUCCGAAAUCCUAUGAUAUCGGCCUUCGCGCCACCGCCACACCUCCUCGCUCCCUCGACUCCGAUGCUGGUUCCUGCAACGGGUCCCCAAUCGCCUCCCUGGGUAUACAUGUCGAGGGCGGCGCCGCCCUUCCCCGUGUCUCACGGUUGCGUCUUUCCUUCGGGUGGUGCCGGGAGAGCCCCGGCCACGUUAACGUACGUAGGAGGGGAAGUGAUGGGGUUAGGAGAGGUAAGGAGUGGGUCUCAUUCUCAGGUUCAGGUUCGAGUUGGACCUCAUCACCAUCAUCAUGCUUCUCCUGCUGGGGUUGUCCCUUCUUCUUCUUCUUCUUCGUCGAAACUUUUCCCAUCAGCAGGAGGAGGUGAUGGUGGGCCCAGUUUCGACGAUUCCUUUGGCUUGGAUUUACAUCUCAGCCUUGCGCCAGCUGCGCCUUGAUCAGUUUAGGAGGCUUCAGUUCACUACUUUAUUUG